UUCUCUGAUUCUCCCCCCAGGACUGGAACUCACUGCUGGAGUUGCUGAGCCACCUGAGCUUCUGCACAGACAAUGGGACUUGGAGGGGGGCAACGAGUCCAGACCCUCCCCCUGGGACCACCCCACCUUCGCCAGGGGCCCCCCCAACUCUCUCAAUCCUGGUGGGCCUGACCUUCAACCUCCCUGGAAGAGUGCGACCCAAUGCCACCCGCUUGGUCCUGACAACCACAGGCCACCAGCUGGGACUUGAGGGUCCAGACUCCGAGCAACCAAUCCGCAUGGUGGCCAUCACCCCAUGGCCCCCCGGGCCCAACCCCCAGGGCAGCUGUCUGAGCCUGGCAGGCCCCUCCUCCAUGCUGCCCCAGAGCAGGGCGCCGCCCCGCUGUAUUGUGGGGGAUCUGGAUGCCCAGCCCCAGGAGGAACUGGGGUCCUGCUACCAACCCCAGUACCAGCCUGAUCCCGCCCUGGCCACCAUGCUGACAAUGGAGGAUCGCCGCCUGUGCAGCCAGCGCCUCCUGCUGGCUGGCCUCACCCUGCUCUGCCUCUGCGCCCUGCUGCUGUGCACGGCGGGCCUCUGCCUGCCGCCCCCCCGCGACACCAGGGGGCAACUCUAGGACUGGCUCUCUGGCCCCCACCCCCAUGGCCCCAGCCUGAGCCUGGGUGGGACCCAGGCACCCUGGCCAGAGGGCUCCAGGAGGGUGGGCACGUGCCUGGGGCCAGAAUUGCCAAUAAACGGGCUGUGCU